ACAGUGAAACGAUGGAGAAAUCUAGCAGCCAGUACGACUCGUUCCUCUUCUGGAGGCAGCCCAUCCCGUCCCUCGACCUGUCGGAGCUGGAAGACCUGGGAUUUACCGUCAGCCAGCCGAUGAGCAGCAGCAAAGCAAAAGAUAAGACGUCCAAGCUGCGCGGACGAGACGAUGGCGAUGCGCUCUCUGAGUUUUCCUCCUUUAAUUACUGGAGAGCUCCAAUCGCUGAUGUGGAUGCUCUGCUGGCUGACCUGAACCUGCUGCCCUGAACCCAAAUCAGUCCUACUUCAUCCAAACCUAUAAUAGGAACUUUAACUGGAACUCUAACUCUGCAGACAGACUAAAGUUAAUCAUGAUGAUUAUCCAUGUUUCUUUAUUUGCAGCCAAGUUCGUCCCAGUUUCAAUAUUUAUUUCUGCUUUUCACAAGAUUCAAGACUCUACGAACCCUUCAUGCAAAUUUGGGGUUUAAUUCCAAACACAGGCACGAGGUUAAACCCUGAAUUUUAAUUUUAACUGUUUUUACCUGCAGGAUCAAAUAAGUCUCAUUCAUCUGGAAUGAAUAAGACUUUGGUUUUUGCAAAAUUUGUUAAUAUUCUUUUUUUUAUAUAUAUAUAUUUAUGCCUUUUUUGUCUAAUUUGAUGCUGCUUUAUGAACAGCUAAUUCCCCACAUUUCUAUUUAUUUAUUUAUUCAUUUAUUUAUUUUACCUGCUGUUGUUGAGCAUGACUGGAACUUCAGCAACAGAUGCCACAUCA